UUUGACCAAAAAGAACGAGAAGAAGCCUUAUGGAAAACAAGGGCCCACAGGAUGCAGUCAUUAUUCAAGCACCAUUGGCCAUACAUUGCGCGGGAAUAUUGUAGGAUCCAACCAACAUACGGUGGGAGGGGGCUCAGAGGUGACUGAUUUCGAUCCCCUUCUGCAGUAGAGUCUCACUUAUCCAACAUAAACAGGCCGGCAGAAUGUUGGACAAGCGAAUAUGUUGGAUAAUAAGGAGGCAUUAAGGAAAAGCCUAUUAAACAUCAAAUUAAGUUAUGAUUUUACAAAUGAAGCACCAAAACAUCAUGUUAGAUAACAAAUUUGGCAGAAAAAGUAGUUCAAUAUGCAGUAAUGCUAUGUAGUAAUUACUGUAUUUAUGAAUUUAGCACCAAAAUAUCACGAUAUAUUGAAAACAUUGACUACAAAAAUGCGUUGGAUAAUCCAGAACGUUGGAUAAGCGAGUGUUGGAUAAGUGAGACUCUACUGUACUUGCAAGGCCUGAAGGGCAGCUAUUCAGUCACUGCCAAGCUGUUUGCCCCCCAUUCCCCAAAUGGGACAAGAAUCCCUGGGUUUCUGCCAGAGCCUAGCAGUGCCUUUAGCCCAGGCUUCUUCUGAAAUAGCCGGCUCCGCUAAUGCCGGUGAUAAUCAGAGCUAUUUCUAAGCCAUGCGUUAAGCCCUGCUAUUUCAAAAGCCCCAAUCCCAGGCUGGCUUUGGACUCCUGGGAAAGUGCGCUGGGGUUGCUUACAUAAAGGGUGGUGUGGAUCAAUUGGAAAUGGCAGUCAUAUGGAUGCUCAGCCAUUGGUGUUUUUUGUGGACCAGCCUGGCUCUGUUGGGGCCCAUUUCCCCUUUUGACUGAUGCUACUGUGGUGGUCCGUUGAACCUCAGGAGCACAAAGUGUGCAAAAGUAUGUCCCACGGAGGAGGAAUGAGCAAGGCUUGCGUUGCUGCUGCUGUGGAGUCACGGUUUCCAAUGCCAGGAAAAGAGAUGCCACCCAAACACCAGGAAGAGCAUCCCAAGGGUCAGAGCUGUUUGGAACCUUUGAAGGCCCUCAAUGAACGCCAUCUCUUUCCCCCUAAGAAAGAGACUCAUUUCUUCACUUCUCCCACGGGGAGGGCCGGCCACUGGAGGGGAGCGUUCCGUGGCUCUGUGACCUCACAAUCUGCUCCAGAAUCCCUGUUGCAAGGCUCUGUCCCCCCCACCCGCUGGCCUGACCGACUGUCCCUUAGCCGCAGAGGCUCCUUGGAAGGCAUGAGGGAUCCUUAGGCGAAGGACUGCCAUGAUGCACCUGACCUGCAUAGUCUUCCUCUGCAUCGCAGCUUCGUCUUCCUUGGAAACCACCAAGGAAGAGAGACCCAAAGCUCAGUCUCACGGCUCGGACCUCCGGCUGGACAGUUUCAAUGAGAGCGGCGCAGAGGGCCAUGGGGACGUUGUCCGGAGAGCCAUCCGGAAGUAUCCAGAAGACUCUGGAGACAGCCGUGUCGGGCAUCGGCAUGACUCCUUCGAAGUGCCAAUCCAAGACGACUGCCAGUGCCCGCCGACGAUGUCCGAAAGCACGGUGGUGGCCCUGGUGGCCACCUUGGCUUUCCUGGCCUUCCUCCCCACUGUCCUCCUCCUGGCGGCGGUCAUUUGGUUCUUGUGCUGGGUGGUGAGGACAAAUAAGAAGAAGGAGAAAGAGGAGAAGGCGGGCCACCCGUCGCAUCCUCGGAGGCGGGCCCCUCCUGUCCCGCCUCCUCGCCCAGACAACAGCUUCAGGUUGUCAAGGCAGACCUACGGAUAUGAGCGGAUCCAGCCGGCCUCCCCGCGAGAUACGCAAGGGGUCUACCUGAAUGCCAGUGAGCUGCACCCCGGGCCCAGAAGCCCUCGGGAGAUGACCUACCAGAACCUUAAGUUAGUGGAAUCCAAAAGCCAAGAGGCCAGUUACCAGAACCUGAAGCCAAUGGAACCUAAGACAACCGUAGAGACGGGGUACAUCAGCCCUGAGCGAGUGCUGCCUCUUUCCACGCCUCCUUUGGAGAAGAGGUACAUGAGUGCGGAGAAGUACAUGAAUAUCGAUCACUCCCAUCCAACCUCUCUAACUGGAAGCGGCCCAGGGACCACCAUGUCGCCAACAUUGUCCCCAAAAGGGCAGAACAACCAUAUCUACGAAGAGAUAAGAUGAGAGGAGGGCAGCGCAUGGAUGGUCUGUCCACACGAAGGAGAGGGCCCCGCAGGAUGGGGACUGCCUCGGCUUUGCAUUAAAGCAUCUCUUGUUUUGUUUUUUC